AUGACUACAGUGCAACCAUUAGAAGCUGAAGGCCGGGAAAUCACCUGGCGGUUGUUCGAGACGUUGUUCUUAGACAACUACUUCCCCAGGGAGGCUAGGGAGAAGAAACAUAAUGAGUACAAUGAUCUGAAACAAGGGUCGAUGUCGAUUGACCAAUAUUUUGCUAAAUUCAACGAGUUGGUGAAAUAUGCCAACUAUGGGAGAGCCCUACCUACUCCAGCUGAGAUGACCUCCAAGUUUCAAUGGGAGUUUAGCAGAUUUGUGAAUCAGUGCCGAAAGGUAGAAGAAGUAUACAAUGUGUCCAAGACCAAGAAGCCUUCUGAGACCCAAGCACCUAAUGCCAAUAGAGCAACAGGCUCAAAUUAUUGGAAGGACAAGAAAAUGAAGGGUAAAAAGCUGAGUGUGAACAAUCCACUUGACUUAUUCAAGAAGCCCGGAACUCAGAAGAACCUUGUUGAUAGAGGACCUCCUCCCAAGUGUAGAGGAUGUGGAAAAGAGCAUAGAGGUCCGUGUGCUACAGGUGAAGUUAUUUGCUAUAAGUGUGGAAAGUUCGGCCACUACUCUAGGCAGUGUCCUCAGAAUGAAGUGAGUACUAUGGCAGUUCAAGAUACUGUUGUCCCUGUCUCGGUUGUUCCACCUAUGAAGGAGUCUCGGACGGUUGGUAGAGUGUACACCAUGGACCGUCAACAAUCAGUAAAGGCUCCUAACCUUGUGAAAG